UACAUGUACGCCAGCGCGCCAGCCUUUUCUAAAAUGGCGCUACUAUCACUGUUUUGACAGUAUCUCGAACAAAAGUUUUUUGCGCGCCAGUACACUAGCGUGUCGGUUCUGCUGUGCUGUCCAUGUGUUUAGUACCAACGUUGUUGGCAUAGUGUGCUCGCAUCAAGUGCAGCACUUGCAACAUGGAAGCAGCUGCAGUGACUGUAGACGAGGAGAAAGAAGUUGCCAUUGCAUCUAGACCUGAGAAUCCUUUUCACAUUAAAGCUAGAAAAGAGAUUGAAGAGGAAAAGCAGAAUAAAAAUGGAAAUUUGGACUGUAAUGUUGCCAUCGCAUCAAGGCUUGAGAAUCCUUCUCACAUUAAUGCUAGCAAGGAGACCAAAGAGGAAAGGCAGAAUGAAAAGAACUUGGACUGUGAAGGCAAAGUUUGGCCAAAGGUAGAAGCUGAUGGCAACCAUGCAUCAAGGCCAUGCGACAAUAGCAUCGUCAGUUCGCCUAGUUCAGAGGCAUGUUGUGGUGGUACUGCUGAAGACAGCUGUGGGAUCAGAGAAAGGCCUGGGGACCUUUCUAGCAUGCAAAGUAAUGAAGAUACAGCAAAACAGUUAAAUAAAGAGGAAGUAAAAGUUGAAGAUGAAGACUUUAAAUGUUUAGUUCAGCCAAAUGCAGAAGGAAAUGGUAACUAUGCUUCUACACCACGUGACAACAUUGUGGAUUCAACUUGCUCUGAGCUGAGUUGUCCUGUUCAAGUCAGCUAUGUGACUUCGAAAGAGCCCCAGUACUGUUCUGACAAUAAAACUAGCCAAAAAGUACAACAGUCAGAGGAACAGAAGAAUGAAAAUGAUGUUGUUAAAGGAGAAGUUUGGUCCAAGGCAGAAGACGACAGUAGGCUUGCAUGCAAGUCUUCCGACAGUAAUGCUGCAGAUUGUACCUGUUCUGAGCCAAGUUGCAGUGGUGGUAUGAAAGGCAACUAUGGGACUUUAGCAGAGCCUGAGAACGUUUCUGACAAUAAAAUAAAAAAUACUGCAGAACAGUCGGCAAAAGAAAAUAGUGCAAGUGAGGAUGAGUAUUGCAUUUGCAAAGUUCUGCCAAAGCUGGGUAAAGAUGACAGCCUUGCACCUAAGCUAUGCGGCAUUAGUCUUUUGGAAUCAACUUGUCCUGAGACAAGCUGUAGCAGUGCCACUGAUGAGACGACUGUUUGCUCAGACAAUCCACAUGGAUCUUCCUCAUUUGGACCUAGAGAAAACAAAGCAGGAAAACAAGAUGAAAAUGACAGUGAAGGACAUGGCUCUUCCUCUAUUGAAUCUAGAAAAAAUGAAGCAGGAAAAGAAGGGCAAAAUGAUAGUGAAGGACAUGUUGCUUCCUCCAUUGAAUCUAGAAAAAAUGAAGCAGGAAAAGAAGAGGAAAAUGAUAAUGAAGGACAUGGCCCUUCCUCCAUUGAACCUAGCAAAAACGAAGCAGGGAAAAAAGAUGAAAAGGACAGCGAAGGACAUUACUCUUCCUCUAGUGAAUCUAGAAAAAAUGAAGCAGGAAAUGAGGAAUAUGAUAGCAAGGGACAUCGCUCUUCUUCCAGUGAAUCAAGAAGAAAUAAAGCUGGAAAGGAGGAAAAUGAUAAGGAAGCACAAGGCCCUUCCUCCAUUGAAACUAGCAAAAAUGAAGCAGGGAAAGAAGGGGAAAAGGACAGUGAAAGAUGUUACUCUUCCUCCAGUGAAUCUAGAAAAAAUGAAGCAGAAAACAAAGAGGAAAAUGAUAGUAAAGAACAUCGCUCUUCAUCCAAUGAAUCAAGAAAAAAUAAAACUGGCAAAGAAGAGGAAAAUGAUAGUGAGGGACAUGGCUCUUUCUUCAUUGAACCUAGAAUAAGUGAAACAGGGAAAGAAGGACAAAAUCGUAGCGAAGGACAUGGCUAUUCUUCCAUUGAGCCUAGAAAGAACGAAGCAGGAAAAGAAAAGGAAAAUGAUAGUGAUCGACAUGGCUAUUCCUCCAUCGAACCUAGGAAACACAAAGGAGGAAAAGAAGAUAAUGGUAGUGAAAGUGAACAUGGGGAUCGCAAAGACAAACGUCAGGCAUCGGUGGAAAAAUCUGCUAGCAAUUCAUCUGAGCUAUGUGACAGCCAAACAUGCUUCAAAGCAUCAAGUAGUUUUGAACCAUGUAGUCAUGCUGUAGAUGACUAUGUACCUUCAAAGGAGCCUGAGAACUCUUCUUUCACUGAAACAAAUAAAGAAGUAACAGAACAAGAAGAGCAAAGUGAAGAUGAAGAGGACCAGGGAGGGAAAUGUCAUCCUAAUGUGUCAAAGUUUCUUCAUCGCUACAUAAAAAUUGGCAGGUACACACCAGCAUCUACUUCGAAGGCUGGAGACUUUCGCAUGAAAGAGUCCGACACCGUCCUUGAAGCUCCUUCGUUGGUGACGCCCUUACUCGUAAAAACACCAGACUCCUUUUUGACAGAAAACAAUGACUGCGAGGGAAAACAAAAACAGAAAAGAGUGUUUUCUUUGGGUAAAGUGGGCAGCUCCACUGAUGACUUCUUUGGAAGCACAGUUGGUGAAUUCUUCAUUGGUAUUGGCUUGAGCAGAGCACGAGAAGUGUACAACCGAGAGCAAUUAAGGCUAAAAAAACAUGAGAUAAAGAAAGCAGGUGGCUGUGCACAAGAGAUGAUCGAUGACUGUCGAAGGCUGGCUGAAGUGUACCAAAAAUCUAGAAUUGCAAAUGCUCCUUACAAUCUUAAAGUUAGGUCGUGCAGGUUAUGCGAUUUUAAGACUGAAUCAAGCCUUGUUCUAGAAGGCCACCUACUGACACCACACUUGACACCACGACGGGAGCUUCAGUGCAGCUUUUGCGACUUUACAACUCGUGAUAGGCAAGCCUUUGUAUUCCAUGUGGAAGCUAUGCACAACCGACAGGCAACUGUAGAGCCCCCACUGCUCCUUCAUCAGUGCCCUUUUUGUACUUUUGAGACCAAUCUGAAAACGAAGGCUGCAUCCCAUGUCAGUCGUUGUGAAAAACUUUUCAGUAUUGCUGCCAACCAGCAUCUCUCUUAUGACUUUCAGCCUCCAGGAGUUACAGCUAAGCCCAUUACGUUAGAUGAUGUCAGGAGUUAUGAAAAAAUAUUGUUGACAUUAGGCUGCGGUGCUAAAGGUCCACAGAAGGGCUUUUGUGCUACACGUAGUCAAAGUGGAGCUCCUGCGCUGUUAGCGCCUCGGGGAAGAGUGCCACUGCCACCCAAAAUACCAAGGUCAGCUCCCACGCUGAGCCGUAAUCAUGGACAAGCACGUUCUAGGCUAGCCUUGCCGCAGCCAGAUUAUUUAUCGAACCAAGUGUUCCAGCUUGUAGGGAAGGGUUCAGAACUUAUCCCACUGCACAACAGAAGCACCAGGCAGACUCUGGCUCUUGGUCAGGCUCCUUUCAACAUGCCAAAUCUGCAUACUCGUGCCCCAGCUCCUGUGCAAGCCCAGCAGCAGACACAACCACAAGCACCCAAGUCCUUGGAGGCCACUAGCCCAAGUGUCCCUUUUGUCGUUUGUGAGAUCUGUGAUGGCUACAUCAAAGACUUGGGGCACCUGCGCUUGCACAUGCACCGGAUACACCACAUGGUGAUCCAUCGUGCCACGCUGUCCUGUCGCCCGCCACUCAACUGUCAGAAGUGUGAGAGGCGUUUCUUCACUGACCAGGGGCUGGAACGCCAUUUGCUAGGCUCUCAUGGCAUGAUCACACCCAACAUGCAGUCCUUGGCCAAACGUAGUAAGGAUGCCGGCCGUUGCCCAAUAUGUGGUCGCAUUUAUGCUGCCAAGCUGGUUUCUCACAUGAGUGAGGUGCAUAAAAUGGCAUUAAAGUUGGCCACCCUGUCCUACAAAUGCACAAUCUGUGCUGCAGUGUUUGGCCUCUUUGAGCAUUUUGAAAACCAUGUACGCAAAGUACAUGCUAAAACCACAAACAAGUCAUCUGCAGCAGCCCCAAAGGAUCUCCCUGUAAAGAGGGCAUUCUCGGCUCAAGCCUCUACUCCCACAAUUGCUCAGCACGAUUCCUCAAAGAGACAAUGCUUGGCUGCAGCCUCUAGUCCCACAACAUGCCAUCCCAAUUCUGCGAAGCGGCUAUUCUCGGCUCUAACUUCUAGUCCUGCAGCUUCUGACACCAAUUCUGCAAAGCGGCCAUUCUUGGCUUCAACCUCUAGUCCUGCAAGUGCAAAUUCCAAUUCUGCAAAACGGCCAUUUUUGGCUACAGCCUCUACUUCUGCAACUGCCAAUCCCAAUUCUGCUAAGCAACCAUUCUUGGCUGCAGCCUCUACUCCUGGAAGUGCUGAUCUCAAUUCUGUAAAGCGGCCAUUGUUAGCUGCAGCCUCUACUUUUGUGAGUGGCGAUUCAAAUUCUGCAAAGCAGCAAUUUUUGGGUGCACCGUCUACUUCUGCGGUGGCUAGGAAACUAGCCAUUCCUGCAACUGGUGUGCCUAGCUCUGAGAUGAAGCAAAUUGCCUGUUUGCCUACAAAGCAGCCACUCUCGGCUCUGGCCACUGCGGCUACAGCAGUCACUAAGGCGACAAGCUUUCCAACUGUUGUAUCAAAUUCUAAGCUGAAAGAAAGCUCAAGCAUGUUGGCAAACCCUGUCUGUAAGCCUACAGUGCCUGAAAUAAAAGUGGAGGAGGCAGUUCAUAUGAAACCUGCCCCCUCUGUUCCACUGGAGAUAGAUGAGCCUGCGCUUGGUUGGUGUGUUGCUUGUAAGAAGGGUGUGGAGCACUUGGCUGAACAUCUGAAGGACGAACACAUGCGGCAGUGUCGUGUUCGUGUGUGCCAUAUUGAGAAGUGUGACCGGUGCCUGUCAUCAUAUACUGGCCUGAUAGUGGUGACCACAUCAGACGUCGAGGAUGAGGACAGUUCAGAGGAGGACGAGGAGGAUUAUGAUAGUGAAAAGGACGAUGAUGCAGGUAUGGAAACAGUGGACCUGGAUUGAAGAGGCUCACUGCCCAAAGAGUAGCUCGGCAAGGCUGUGUGUUGAGGAAGGGCCUUGUCCAAGAACAUAGUAGUACAUCUUGCAGUUCUUGCACAGUUCUUGAACCCUCACUGUUGAAGCAGUUCCCAGACUGUUUUGUUUUUACUGUAUCUCUAGGGCUUUCACAAAGUGUUGAGGCAUGCACAUCAAGUACUACGAACUGAAUGUUCUUGCCUGCCAAGAUAUUCUUAAGUGUGGAAAAGAUUAGAAGUUUAGUAAAUAUCCAUACCUGAUGAGUCGCAUUGUUACCCAGGCUAUUAAGUAAAAAUGCAUCCAUACUUGGUCAGUCAAGUGGCAGAUGAAAAUUUGCAAUCAAAUCAAAUGAGCAUCAUUAGCAAGUGAAUAAUGCGUACAUUACAGCAUUGAUAAAGGAGAAGGAUAGAGGCACAUCCACUUAGCGCAUUAGACUAAAAGUGUUCUGGAAAGCUUUAGAACUUUACAGAGAUCAGUAUCAGAAGCUCUGACUUGGAAGCCUAUACAGAAUCAUUCGUCUGCUUAUCUUGUAAGGUAACGUGGAAGAGCCAGGUUGAGUUUUUCUGUUGCACAUAUUGCCUUGAAUCAUUUGCUGAUGUCCUCUUGCUGUGUUCACAAGCUUUGACUGAUGUCGUCUUUUGGUAAAGUAGAAAGGAUUGCUGUUGCAUAAAUUGUAGGCUGUCACACCUACCCUGUGUUGAACAAUGUGUAGUUAGUGGCAGCAGAGCAUUCAUCCACUUUGCUUGCUGCUGUGCACGUUGUCCAAUUUCUCUGUGAUGUGCUUGUUAAUACGACUCAACUUGCAAUUUAGCAUUUUCAAUACUGUUGUUUGUGUUAUUUAAAAAUUCUACUGUGUUAGUAUUUCGUACUUUUAUCAAUUAUGUGGCGUAGUGGAGGAGGCUUCCAACUCUGCCUUCAUAGUUUUCUUCCAUCCCAUCUAUAGUUUGUCAUGUGAACACACAGAUGUGAACUAUGCAACUUAUCAUGUUCUCACUCUGCUUAAUAAAAUAAGCAGCAAGCAUUGCCAGAAAAUGGCCGAAUUUUUUCCUACUCUGCAUGGUGAAAAACGAAACUAUGUAUAUAAGGUUCCAUAGAGUUACUGUUGCACCUGGCACAUGUUCGUGCAGGUUCCAGUCUGCGCAUAAGUUGUGUCCCUAAGUGCAUUAGUGCUUUGUCGUCAUAAAGAAUUUGUCCAACGAUACUGUCUAGCCUUUAGAGCAGAGCAACAUUAAUUGGUUGAGAUUGGUAGGAUAAGGUCGACGUAACGGCUGGUGCAUCUGGCAUGAAGUAGCACUUUUGCACAGAUGAAAUUUUUCAUCUGGUAUUUACAAGCUGGUUUGCUUCUGAACUGUGGCCCUUUUGCGCAUUUUAAAUUGUUUUGCUUUGUAAGUGGUCUUUGCACACUGUUGCUGUGUUAAAAUUUGCAUUUUAUUAGGGUAUAGCCACGUUCCAUAAAACCAGACCGUAACGAUGCUAAAGAUUUCGAACGUUUUGUGAGGUUUCGCCUGCUCUUGUUCGAUGCUAUCUGCUUGCACGAUUAUGUACAUGGUAAUCCAGCCACAUAAACAUAAGCGCACUUGCCCACAGAAGUCUUGAUAAUUUAGAAACUAUAGGCUUGUAUUUUGUGAUCUCAUUGCCUGGUACAGGUGUACUUCAUAGACCCAGUUAAAAAAAAUUUUUUUUUGCAUUAAAUGAAUGCUAGAAAAAACACAAAGUCUAGCUCGGAACAUUGCAAAUAAAUUAUUAUAGUUGCUUUUCUA